AUGAAUGUGGAGAAAUGCGAAUGCCAUCGCUCCAUCUUCCCCUUUCUUGGUUACAUCAUUGCUGCAGGGAAUGUACAGAUGGAUCCCGGGAAGGAGAGAGCAGUGGUGGAUUGGCCCCAGCCUACGUCCAGAGUGCAGCUGCAACGUUGCCUGGGAUUUUCCAACUUUUAUCCCCGCUUUAUCUGGGGCUACAGCACCCUAGCUUCCCCCCUGUCUGCACUCACCUCUCCCAAGGUUCCGUUCAUGAGGUCCCCAGUUGCUGACCGGGCAUUCCGGGAAGUCAAACACCGCUUCACCACAGCUCCCAUAUUGGUUCAUCUUGACCCGUCCUGUUAG